AUGGAAGAAAUUAUCUUAUUUAUAUAUUUUAUUUCUUUGUCUGCAGUAACAUCGAGGAAUAUGUUUUUUGGACAGAAUAUUAGGUCUUUUCAAUGUUUUUGUGUUUUCUUUGAACCUACUGUUUUAUUUUUGCGAAGAUCAACAAGGACACAACAUACUUUUAAAAGAUGGGUUCAUAAGCCGUUAGUUCAAAGACAAUGGAUGCUUCCUGAGGAUUUGGGCAUAUUGGAUGCUUAUGUUCCUCCCUCUAGAAGUUCUUUGCCUGUUUUUUGGAGAGCUCCAGCUCAAAGGAUGCGAUUAAUAUGGCGAUGGCUUUAUCAUCGAAUGAAGGGAUGGUUUGAGCGUAAGCUUUUUGAAGAAUCUAUUAGACCAAUUAAGAUUGAUUUUAAGCAAUUACAUGUAACAGUAGGCAAAAUUUAUGAAAAAGUUAAUCAAGCAUAUGCAAAAGGAGAUUUUAAGGAAAUUGCUUUAUUUUGUAGUCCGGCUUAUACUCAAACUUUGAAGUCACAAAUUCUAAAAAGACCUGCAGACUUUGAGCUUAAAUGGCAACUUCAUAAAAUGAUAAAGCCGCCGAAGCUUGUUAGUUUUUCUCAUGCAAAAGUUGAACUUGAUUCGAAUAAAUAUCUUGCACAGGCAAUCUAUAGGAUUCAUUCUGAACAAAGUUUAACAACGUUUUUUGAUGGUUUAGAAAAGAAGGGUUCGCCAAAGAUAUUGGUUGAAUAUUAUGUUUUUCAGUAUAAAACAUGGGUACGGCCAUAUAAGUGGUAUAUUUGGGGGAAAACAACUGAAGCAUCGCCUGAUUCUGUGAAAGUAAAAAUAUGGAAAAAGGACGAUAAUAUGUUAAAAACGGUGAGAUUUCUUUGUAAUCGAAGUUAA